AUGGUGAAAGGCGUUCGUGCAAGAAACGGUGCGGACCCGUACGGACGGUGGCUUUGGUAUGGUGCUGUACUGUUGCUUCAAGUUCCCUCUACAUUUGAUGCCCACUACGUCCCGCCCGGUUCGGAUACUUGUCGAUUGUGUUUAUGCGAUAAUGGUCACCCGAAGGCGUGCAAGGCGGUCCUAUGUUCGCCGCCGCACGACUGCAAGUCCUUCCAGAUAGGCAGUUCCUGUUGCGAAUUCAUCUGUCUGGACGAUACGCUUGGCAGUACGCCAGACAAAAACUACGAUCUUGGCAUGUGACUAGUGGCCAGUGGAGCAAUUGUCACGUUUUCGCUAACGCUGCUAUUCUUCGUCAUCAGCCGAUUGCGGCAUCGCAAAACCCGCGCCCAGGAGGGUCGCGAGGUGAUCGAUGACCCAUCGCAGCGCAAUUUGGUGAGCAACGUCGGUUACAUCGGUGGCAACAUUGGCUAUCUUGGUGGGGGCACGAUGAACAUGGACUACUCCUACGUUGACCACGCCGUCGCGCCACACUAUCAGCUAUGGAAGCCGCCCGGUGCGUACUAUACGCGAGGAGAAGCUCCACCGCCGUACGAGGAGGCCAUAGCGAUAGCUCACGCCGAGUCACUAAGCUCUUGCACUGUAAGUGUGGCUACGUCUACUGCCCGCAAUUUUCCGCUCGGUAUCGUACAGGACGCGGACAGCGUAUCCAACAUUACAGCAAAUACAACCAAUCUGAUCAAUAUAAAUAUAAACGGUAACUCCAACGCCGGCAUUGGGAACGCCGAAAUUGGAAGCAUCGGAAGCAGCAUUGGGCGCAGUGUUGCUACCAUCACCAGUGACGAUCCGCCGUUCUUGACAUCCACCGGAGGCAACAGCCGUUCGGUCGGUGGCGGUGAUAACAACGACACUAACGGUGGUUCUAUUAUGGCCAUGUACAACCACCACCACCACCACCAGGGUACAUCCGCCACCGAGCACUGCGGAACGGACAACGGCAACGAAGACCGAGCUUCCGGUGAUCACCCGGUAGCCGUUGUUGGCAUACAGCACUGCGGUGGAGCUAAUUCUUCGACGGCUCCGUACGGCGAUGGCAGUGAACUGUGUAUGAGCUCCAGCUGCGAGCUGAACAUGAAUGCACGCUGCAAUUUCAUCCAGCAUGACACGGCCGCUGGCUCCGUCGGGGGCUCUUCCCAUGGGCCGGGAGUGUUCGGAAUGCUGCCAAAAGACGACCACUGCCCGCCGAUCGGAAUGAUGCGGCAGUCGAACCGUCAGUCGAUGGCUGAGGAUAAGAUCAAUGACAACGUCCACAACCAUCGUCAUCGUCAGAUGAUUUCUGCCGGCGGCGGCAAUGGAGGCAACAUGCACCAGCAAUCCAGCUCGUCGCCACUGGCUCCUUCCCAGUCAUUCAUGCAAUCCGUCCCAGUGCCGAUGAUGUUUACCGAUAACAAUUCUCCCGGUGGUACCGUCAGUGCCGUCACUACCAGUUCCGACGACGGCAUGUUCAUGGCAAAGAACCGCAUGACGGGGAAAAAGUAUCAUCGUACGAUACCGCGACAGUUUUCAAUCGUCGAUCCGAUCAUCAACCCGAUCAAGACGAACACGUUCGUAGUGGCGGCGGCGGCAGCAGCCACUUCUUCUUCAGCUUCAUCGUCGACACCAAUGACGCAGCACGCCACUAGUCGGGAGUCGGGAAAGCUCGGUUCGCAUCGAGUGAACGGUACGGGAGGAAGUGUUACACCGACCGGCAGUGUCAGUACGGCUACAUCGACAACGGAAAUGAACCGUGGCGGCAAGCAGUGCCACUGUCCGGUGCAGCAUAAGGCGAUCUUGACGGCCUACCAGCCCGUCGGUUCUGGGCAACCGCCCACCGGUUCGUUGUCCGUAGUCGAGGCGGGAUACCGAAGCCAGGGAAAUGACCAGUCACGCAGCAAGCAACCGUCUUCCGUCAAUGGCGACCGUGGAGCGCAUCUGGCAGUUGAAAGAAACGCUGGCGGAGGUGAUGGGGGUAGCUCAUCGGCGAAGAGCAUCUCUGUUCCGGCACUCGGUACCCAGCGUUACCAGCAUGAGAAGGACUAUCAGAGCAACAGCUUGUCGUUUGCCGGUGCCGUCGGUGGUGUACACAGUGGAAAAAGCCUCAAAGCAACGCACAACCACCAGCAAAAUCACUAUCUGCACCACAAUGCUCAUAUCGGUGCCACCGAAUCGAAGGCUUCCGGCGUGGGAAUGGACGAACUGAUGAAUUCCCGCCAGCAUGGUCUUUCGUCGACCGAUGGCGACGAUCGUUCGGUGCUACACAAGAAGUCUUCAUUAGCCGUGGGUUCUGGUGGAGGUGGAGGACCGAUAAAUCCGAUCCUUCCACCGAAGGUGAAAAAACAUCAGCAUCCACAUCAGCAGCAUCAGCAACAGCAGCAUCAACAACACCAGCACCAGCAGCAACCACAAGAUCAACCCACGGUACCCCAGCAUGGCCAUUCGGCGGGAGGACAGUUAUCGCAGCGCAGCGGUUCUAUGCACCAGAAAAGGAUAUCUUUUCUUGAAAGUCCCAGCACCGGCGGCCCCGGAUCGGUCAGUAAUGGUGGAGGUGCGAAACUGAGCGAGCACCGUAGAUCACCCGUACCGCCAAGCCACGAUGGCGUUGUGGGUACUGGCGGGGGUGCACUGAAGCUCGCUAGCGGAGCCGCCACCCCGGGGAACGGUUACUCCAACUCUUUGCCGAGACAUUCCUUCACCACCGCUAGGAGCUACGAGCAACGCAAACAACGUAGUAUGGCAUCGGCGGCAACGUACGGAGAUCGUGUAGGCAUCUCUAAGUCAAACCCAAGGCAUGUCCGUUCCGGCGAUGGUUUACCGCUGCAUGAGAAAUCUCCGUACGAUAGCAAUACGCUGCCCAAGAACGGUUCAAGCGCAAGCGUCGGGCGCAAGACUAGUCUCGUGACCGAAGCGGUCAACCAUAUACCCUCGGUAAUCAACAUUCCAGUUCCACCACCGCCAGCAAACGUGUUCGGGUUGAGAACCAACUCUCCGUCGUCGAUCGGAUUGUCCAGCGAAAGCGGCAUCAUCAAACAGCAAGGCUGUAAUGACGGUGGUGGACCUUCGUCCACCGGAAGCUCAAAGCAUAGCUCGACGUUGACGUACACUAUGGCGGAAAACGGAGGAAGCAACAAACGAAAGGGUGCUGGAGGACGAGGAGGAUCCGGUGGAACAGCAGGAGAUGGAGGUGACGGUGGCUCUGGGGCGAAAGGAUCCGCACCAGUAGCGGGAAGUGCAGGAGGAACAGGAGGAGCAGGUGGGGGAACCCUGAAAGGCGACACUGUUGCGGGCUGCAGCAACACCACUAAGCAACCGAUACUACUACCACUGCCGGUACUCAUGACGACGAUCACAAAUUGUGCCAAUCCACGGGAACACGUGCUACCCAACGACAACAGUCUCGACGAGGACUACUUGAGCGAGUGUGAGAAUUGCAAAUCUUCCAGUAACGCACGAUACUACCUGGAUUUGCAGGACAACAGCAAAGUGAGCGCACCGGUGCAGGAAACGAUGACACUGCAGCGAAAGAUACCGGAUAACGCGGAAGAGGAACAGCAGAACUACUACCGGGUGUCGUCGACUUUGCCAACCAACACGAGCAAACGCAAUGCGCCGGUUGCCAAUAAGGAUCGCGUUGCUUGGUUCUCUACCAUACCGGCCAGCUCCUCUUCCGACGACGAAGAGACCUGCGAGUAAAGCUUGGUAAAAAACGAGUAAAAUAUUUAAAUGCUGGCAAAUUUGGUCCCUUUCUCAACGACGCCGAUUCUGACAAUGACCAACCAACCAAUAAUGGCAACACAACUUCUUUAUUGAGAGAAAUCGAGGUUACAAUCUAGUUAUGUGUGCGCGAUCCGUCGGAAUAGAGCUAAUUAUCCGAUAGAAGAUUCGAGACUAAAUAGAAAAACUAACAAAAAAAAAAAAAAAGAAACGGCACAGACACGCACACACGAAUCAAUCAGUAUUAAUUUUUAGCAAAAGUUUUAUUCUCUUAAAUCCAAACAAUAUUUAAAAUGUUUAAUUGUAACCUGCCAAGUUGGUACGUGUCUAUUUUUGUCAAAAUUCUAACAGGAAAAAGGUAAAUAAAUAUGAAUUCGAAUAUAAAUGAAACUA